CAGGCUUUGUUUUGACUAACCGCUAUCUAACCAAAGCUAGGCGGCUGUACUGAAACUGUUACGUCCAUAAACAUUAAGCUGGCAGAAACAAAGCGCUGUCAUUCCAGAGGACUCUGUCAACAUGCCUCAGACCAACAAGUCAGUGAAUGGUUGUGGUGCUCAACUUGAGGCUUCUGCCCCAGACCAGGGUGAGCCACCGCCACCGCCACCACCACAGGAAGUCGGAUAUCAGGUGGCUGCUGCGGAUGGAGGUCAAAGAGUGCCUACAGAAGACCAGGGGGACUUGGAUAUCAUCAAAUCUCCCAGUGACCCUAAGAAAUACAGAUACAUUGAGCUGAGUAACGGCCUCCGAGUUCUCCUUAUCUCCGACUUCAGUGGGGAGAAUGGGGCAGAAGGAAGUGAAAAUGGAGAGGUCAACGGGAAGAUAGAAGAUGGAGAGGAUGAGGAGGAAGAAAGCAAAGGGGAGGAAGAAGAAGAUUCUGGUGAGGGCUCAGAGGAGGAUGAGGAGGAGGACCAAGAGGAGGAGCAGGACAGCGACUUUGAUGAGCUGGACGAGGAGAAUGCAGGGAAGAAGAAGAAGAAAGGGAUCUCUGAGAAGCAGGCUGCAGCUGCUCUGUGCAUCAGUGUUGGGAGCUUCAGUGACCCAGAAGAUCUGCCUGGCCUCGCCCACUUCCUGGAGCACAUGGUGUUUAUGGGCAGUGAGAAAUACCCAGCGGAGAACGGCUUCGACGCCUUCCUAAAGAAGCAUGGCGGAAGCGACAACGCCUCCACUGACUGCGAGAGAACCAUCUUUCAGUUGGACGUACAGAGGAAAUAUUUCAGAGAGGCACUUGACAGAUGGGCUCAGUUCUUUAUCUGUCCUCUGAUGAUAGAAGAUGCCAUCGACAGAGAGGUGGAAGCUGUGGACAGUGAGUACCAGUUAGCGAGGCCUUCUGACUCGCAUCGAAAGGAGAUGCUGUUUGGGAGUCUUGCUAAACCGGGCCACCCUAUGAGAAAGUUUUGCUGGGGUAAUGCUCAGACUUUGAAGCACGAACCCAGAGAGAAGCAGAUCAACACCUACCAGAGGCUCAGAGACUUCUGGAGGAGAUAUUACUCCGCUCAUUACAUGACGCUAACUGUGCAGUCCAAAGGUAAUCACACACUCCUCCUGCCCCUCACUCUCCUAUCCUGUCUCCUUCCCUGUUUCCUUAUCCUCCCCUUAAUUCUCCUCCUCCUCUCCUCCCUUGAUUCCAAUCUUCAUUCCUCCUCCUCUCCUUUGUCAUUGUCCUACACCUCCUCCUCCUCCAUCUCUCUUGAGAUAGCAAUCCCUGAUGAUUAUGUUUUUCGGUGA